UGCCGUCCGGCUCCAGCGUCGCGUGUCAAGUUUCAGGGUAUCAAUGAUAGCAGCUAAUUUUAAAAAGCUUUCGUUUCUUACAGCAAAAAUAAACCAAACAUUUUGCUGUUACUCCCGAAAAGCCCUCGACAAUCGUCGCAUCCUCCCUUUACAUGUUAGUUGCAAGCGAUACAUGUCAAGUCAACCAAAGCGACUCUGCACCGAAAACAUGUCGGCUAAAAAGAUUGGCACGCAUAACGGGUCGUUUCAUUGUGAUGAAGUUCUUGCUUGUUACUUCCUUCGUCAACUUCCCGAGUACAAGGAUGCUGAAAUCAUUCGGACCAGGGAUCCUGCAGAGUUGGCCAAGUGUGACAUUGUGGUGGACGUAGGCGGAGAAUUUGACCCAAAGAGGCAUCGUUAUGAUCAUCAUCAAAGGACAUUUACGGAGAGCUUCAGCAGCCUGUGUCCAGAAAAGCCAUGGGUAACCAAGCUUAGCUCAGCCGGCUUGGUCUACCUCCACUUUGGCCGUCAGCUGCUGGCCCAGCUUACACAACUAAAAGAGGAUGACAAGCUGCUCGAGGUGCUCUAUAACAAGCUGUAUGAGAACUUCGUGGAGGAGGUAGAUGCUAUUGACAACGGCAUCUCACAGUACGACGGGGAGGCCCGAUAUGCCAUCUCCACCACACUGAGCGCACGUGUUGGCCACCUGAACCCAGGCUGGAACAGCAAGAAUCAGGACACAGAGGAGGGCUUCAAAAAGGCUAUGGUGCUAGUUGGGGAGGAGUUCUUGGACCGUCUGGACUUUUACCAGAACUCCUGGCUCCCAGCCCGAGUUGUGGUCGAGGAGGCCAUUAAGAAGAGGCAUCAGAUUGACCCCAGUGGUGAGGUAAUGAUAUUCUCCCAGGGUGGAUGUCCGUGGAAGGAACAUCUGUUCACCCUAGAGAAGGAACUCAAAGUGGAGACUCCGAUCAAGUUUGUCCUCUACACGGAUCAGAAUGGACAAUGGAGGGUCCAAUGUGUCCCAGCAGGGCUCAACACUUUCCAAAACAGGCUGUCCCUGCUGGAGGAGUGGCGAGGUGUUCGGGACGAGGCCCUGUCGGAACUCAGCGGGAUCAAAGGAUGCAUUUUCGUCCACGGAGGAGGCUUCAUUGGCGGGAACCAGACCCAGGAAGGAGCCCUGGAGAUGGCCCGGAGGACCCUGCAGGCUGCGGCCAAGUCCACUGCCAAUGGCAGCAGUUAACUCUCAUUAGAGAGGAUAGUCAACUGAAAAAUUUCCCUUAUUGGUCAUCCUACUCACAAAUACACAGUGACUGAACUAGCUUGCUAGCUCGUACCCCUUAGCUAGGGUCAGUGCCAGAUUAUCUUCACUAGUCAUAAUUUGGACAUUGAAGGUAAUGUAGCCAAAUAACCCUGCUGGAAAAGCCGAGUAAGCUAGCAAGAGAAUAACUUCAUCAUUCAUAGUAAAGUAACCCUCAGAAUAUUGAUGUUGACCCAUGUUAUGUUGCUGUAAUUUUUCACACUCAACGUACACUGCCUGCCGUAUAAAUCGGUGACUUCAUCAUGUAUGUGUUAUGGGAUUCUUUUGAAAUAAAACUAUUCAAAUAAAAUCUGAGA